CCGUGCUGCCCGCCCAUGCGCAGUGAGGGAAGAUCGGCACGGCGCCGUGCCGUUUCCCCUUCCGGCCGUGCCCGGUCUCCUGUCAACAUGGCAGCGCUGGGCGAGUGGCGGCGGUGUCUGUGGGCGGCAGCAGUGGUUGCGCUGGCGUUGGCAUCAGAGGCGGCUUUUGUGGAAGAUCUGGAUGAAUCGUUUAAAGAAAACCGUAAAGAUGAUAUUUGGCUUGUAGAUUUUUAUGCACCAUGGUGUGGCCACUGCAAGAAAUUAGAGCCUGUGUGGAAUGAAGUGGGUAUAGAAAUGAAAAACAUGGGCUCUCCAGUAAGAGUUGGGAAGAUGGAUGCAACUUCCUUCUCUAGUAUUGCAUCUGAAUUCGGAGUGCGAGGCUAUCCAACAAUUAAGCUCUUAAAAGGUGACUUGGCAUACAAUUAUAGAGGACCUAGGACCAAAGAUGAUAUAAUUGAAUUCGCUAAUAGAGUAGCAGGACCUCUUAUCAGGCCACUUCCUAGCCAGCAUAUGUUUGAGCAUGUGCGAAAGAGGCAUCGUGUAUUUUUUGUAUAUGUUGGUGGGGAAUCUCCUUUAAAGGAAAAAUACAUUGAAGUUGCUUCAGAACUAAUUGUUUAUACAUACUUUUUUUCUGCCUCAGAAGAUGUGCUCCCUGAGUAUCUGACCUUGCCUGAACUACCUGCUGUUGUUGUAUUCAAAGAUGGAACUUACUUUGUGUAUGAUGAAUAUGAAGAUGGCGAUCUGUCAUCCUGGAUAAAUCGAGAAAGAUUUCAAGGUUAUCUUACUGUAGAUGGUUUUACAUUGUAUGAACUUGGAGAUACAGGAAAACUUGUGGCUAUUGCAGUGAUUGAUGACAAAAACUCUUCAGUGGAACAUACCAGACUGAAAUCUAUUAUUCAGGAAGUUGCAAGAGAUUAUCGGGAUCACUUUCACAGGGAUUUUCAGUUUGGCCAUAUGGAUGGAAAUGAUUACAUCAAUAGCUUACUAAUGGAUGACUUGACAAUUCCUACUAUCGUUGUUUUGAAUACCUCCAAUCAGCAGUAUUUUCUACCAGAUAGGCACAUUGAGAACACAGAAGAUAUGGUUCAGUUUAUUAACAAUAUCUUGGAUGGUACAGCUGAAGCGCAAGGUGGUGACGGAGUUCUGCAGCGAAUCAAGAGAAUAGUCUAUGAUGCCAAGUCUACUGUAGUGCACCCACCAUCUCCCAGAAAUAUCUUUGUAGUAUUGGAGCCUACAAGAAAACAGUAAUAUUUCUCUUUGAAGAAAGAGUGUGUCUGUAUUUAAAUAUACAUGCGUUACACAACAACGUUGUGGAUACUGGGCAAAAACAUCCUAUCAAAUGAAGAAAAGGAACUGGCUGACAAUCAACAUAAGCCCAGGACAAGGCUAAGAUGGAAGAGAACAAACAUCUCCAACAAAAUGCAAGGCAGGUCAUGGUAUCAUACAGGCUGGAAAACACUGAUGAUCAUCUAGUCUAGCUGUCCACCUAUCACCAAUAUUGCCCAUUAAAUAAUGUCACUUAGUGCCACAUCUACACAUUUCUUGAACAUCUCCAGGAACAAUGACUCCACCACUUCCCCAGGCAGCCUAAUCCAGAGCCUCACCACUCUUUCUGAAAUUUUCCCUAAACGCAGCCUGAACCUUCUCUAUCACAAACUUGAGGCAAUUCCCUCUCAUUCUAUCACCUUUACCUGGGGGAAGAGGCCAACACCCACCUCGCCACAACCUCCUUUCAGAUUGUUGUAGAGGACAACAACAUCUCCCAUGUGCCUCCUCUUCUCUAGACUGAUCAAUUCCAGUUCCUCAGCCACUCCUCAUAAGACUUGUUUCCCAAACCUUUCACAGCUUAAAUUCCUUUGUUUGGACAUGCUUCAGGGUCUCGAUGUCUUUCUCGUCAUGGGGAUCUCCUGCAAACCAGCUCAGAUGGGAGCUCAGGUGGGAGCUGCCUUGAAGUUCUUGAUUUCUCCAUAUGAGGACUGGUGGUUUUAUUUCAGAAACCACCUAUAAUUAUUUAAUGCUACUAAUUUCCUCCAGCUUUUAGAAAGACAAAGGUGCUGCGUGCAUCUUAAAACACAUUGGAUUCUUGUCUAGGGCUUCAUUUGAAACAUUUCUUACUCCGAACUCAUCUAUAAAUAGAGUGUUGUAAUACUUGUUCACGCUCAACAGAGUAGCAGCCAGUGCCUUUGGGUUCCUUAAUGAAAGGGAUCCCCAUCGCAAAGUGACACAUAACUUUUAAGAAACUUGUGGGUAAGUGCUGUUAAAGAGUUCAUGUUCUUGAAAAAUUACUGCCCUUGCAGUAUGAAGCUUCUAAAGAUCAGAUGUACUGUACGUGGAUUCCUAACAAAUUUAUGCUUAUUUUAGGGUUACCUUAUGGCAUACAAUUGUUUUUCUCCCUAUUCCCUUUCUCAAAUAUUCCUGAAACCUUGGCAGAAAAUACUCAUACCAGCUAAUUACUUCCUCAAAUAUUCCUACUUUGCAGGUAAUAUUGUCUUCUGUCACUUCUUUCUGAAAAAGUGUAAGCUCAUUAAGAUAAGUUUAAAAUGAACUCCAUUAUUAAUUAGGUGCACACCUUAUAAAUAAGGUAAUCAAAUCAAUACAAUUAUAAGGCUAGUGCAGUAGAGGGAACUUUAGGGCCAUGCACUGACAUGUCCUCAGGCUGAGUAGCUAAAAUAUCUUGUAACCACUGUAGUUGUGUCAGUAUCCCACUGGACAAUACUCUCACCAAAACACUUUAAUCACAUUUCGCAUGUAUUCUUCCCUUUGUUCAGCUGUCAUUUUGUAUUCCUUUUUCUUGAAAGGAUGUCUUAGAUACUUGACUGCUGUGACUUCACUCUUGUGUUCAAAUAUAUUAAUAAUACUGUGAGACUGCAUCAGUGCUGUUCACAGGUGAUCCUUUUGUGAUUGCAAUGUCCUCUUCGUCAAUUCUUGCUCUUUCCUAGCGGCAUAAUUGGCAAUUGAAAGCAAUGAAGAUUCCUGAGCCAUAGCAGGCACACCACUUGACUUUUUCAAUGCUCAGCAUGUCAUUCUACCCUAAUGCAUGUCAUAUAUUUUUGAAACUAUUACAAAAGACAAGUGCAGUCCAUUCUAUGGUAAGUAGCAAUUACUCCAUGUAUUAAGAAAUUCUCUCAAAACCAUAAAUUUAUAGGUACUUGUACAGAGCCAAGAUGUUUAGAGAAAUUUAAUAGCCACUUCCUGAAAUUAAGCUAUUUAGACUAAAACCUCAUUAAUGUUCUAUUAAUCUGUAGAAUUUCCAGGCCUGCAUUGAGCCUCCAGACUUCUUUGUGCAUUUUGGGAGGCUGUUGGAUGUAUAAUAAAAAACUGUGGUGAUGGGGAGAGGACAGCUUGCAUGAAGGGAAAGACAUGGAAGCAAAGAAAACAAGCAUGCUGUCCUGGGACUAAUGGACUGUUGGCGUUAGCUUGGUGCUCUUUGCUGCUGGGCAGGGAGGGAAGCUGUUUCUGUUCAGAAGGAGACUAAGCUCCCUGAGAAGUCAGCAAUUAGGGCACAUCAGCUAUUUAGAGAGGCCAUAAGCUGGGUGGCAAAACCUUUCCGUAAUGCAUAUCACUAUUUCCUGUUAGUGUUCAGUCUCCCACAGCCCUUUCUUUAGGUCAGUGGCCCUGUUGCCUCAAUGAUCUCGCUCCAACUCAUUUGAUGCAAGGCUUGGAAAGCAAGAGGGAUAAAAACAGACUGAGAGCGCCUAGAUGGCUAGUAUGCUAUGAUUUUUUACCUUGUUAAAGAUUCUUACUCUAGGCACUUGGGACUCAGGCUUGAGUGAGAAGACCAACCAGUUUGAUAGCUGUGAGCUGGCAGUAGAAAUUGGAUGCCUUUGCAACUGCAGGUAGGCAAGAGCCUGGGCAUCUGGGAGACUGAUAUUGGGCUGGGUAUCUGCACAGCGAUUCUUCAGAGACAGAUAGGCACCAAAGCAGUUUCAAGGAUCCAAACAAGCAUAUUUACUACAGCUAGUGACUCAUGUCCAUACAGAAAGUUCAGCUUCUGAUUCAGUGUUUUAUUAUUUUAAACUCUUAAUUAAAUCUCUUUGAACCUACAGGUGCAACAACUUAGUGAAGCUUAUUUGUUUUCUUUUAUUUGUCACAGGCUUUCAUUUACCAAAAAAAAAAAUAAUAUAUAGACAAGUAAUUGAACUACGAGAGGUAUCUGAGGGGAUUUUAAUAUAUUUUUGGAAAGUGUAACCUGCUUUGGGCAUUUUCUACUUAUAGGCCUGGAACUAUCAUUUUGUCACCUGAAAAGAUGCAUCAAGAUCAGUUUUCCUGGUAAAUAGACCAUAGUAUAGUUAUAUAUUUUAAAGUAGAUGCUCAUUGAAAGACUGGAAAACUUAUAUUCCUAUUUUACUGGUUGAUUUAAAAUUGAUUAUGUGUUUACAUCUAUAUCAUGUUCUAAUAUAGCUAAAUAAUUUCUUAUGGAAUAGUGUUGUUUUUUUGUCAAAUGACAAAUACUAAGGAAAAGAUAUUUGGUAUUGUUAUAACAGUUUUGAGAUAUGUACUUUUUCAUGAUUAAUGAAAUAUAUAUUAAGGAUCCUCAUAUAUUUUCAUAGCUGCCAGUGAGAUAGCCAAACAUUUACACAUUUCAAAUAUGAGGAUGUUGAUUGUAUUGACUUGUAUUGACUUACUAAUGAAUCCAUCAUAAUAAUUUCAACAACUCUUGUCCAGAAUAACUGCUGGUACACAGAUUCUUUGCUUUAGUUUCUAUGAAAUUAUUUCACUAGACAUGAGCUUAACUUAUGCUUACUAAUUGUUUCAUGAUAAGUUAGGCUGUUUCAUUCUUAAGGAACUGACUAGAAUCCAGCUAGAAUCCAGGCAGUUAUCCAAAUCACCAAACUUCAGUCAUUCUGUAAUUUUCCUAUCAAUUAAUUGUUCUUGUUCUUUAUUUUUUUUUAAUCCAAAUUAGCAUAACUUCAUCUGGAGGGAUUUUAGUAGUAUUUCAUGGAUUUAAUUUUCAGAGUGAAAGGCAUAAGGAGGAUAAGAAACAAUUGUUAAAAAUGCUUAUUCUUGUUUUAGUAGAGGAAAUUUAAAUCCAUCUCUCCUAUUUGCAGCUGAUGUCCUCAUCAUUGAGUAAGCAGAGAGAACAGUCUUGUUUUGUAUUCUUGUAUUAAAUAUGUCUGGGAUGUAAAUAAAACAAUUUACUUUGUAUCAAAA